AUGAAAUUCUGCAUAGAGGUCCGACUUUGCUCCAAUAAAUUCGGUCUUAAUUUCGUCACGGAUUCUUCUACGACACCGUUUCCUCCCGUCUGCUCUUCUUCCCCGUUUUCAUUGUUCGCUUUCGUUGGCCACGAAAGGUUAACGAGUUACAAAACCGAAUGGCGAGGGAGAGCCAAACUCAAGUCCGGCAUGCCGCCCUUUAUCAUCCUACCCUGCGAGACCCUGAACGUGGAAGAGGUAGACGAGAUCCUUCGGUACUUUUGUCAUAUAGGAGUUGUUGACAAGUUGUACGACCGUGAUAGCAUUAGCAGGGCUGAAACUAGGGAGCUUUUUCAUUGUCUCCAGCGUGUCCAUGCUUGUUUUUCUGGCCCUGAUUUGGAUUUUGACAAGGCGUGCAUGCAAUUUGAUCACCAGCUCCAGGAUCACGAUUUCUUGGUUGGUGAUCUAUUGUCACUUGCCGACAUUGUUCUGUGGUCCUACCUUGCAGGGGCUGGUAAGAAAUGGGACUCAAAAAAGUACAAAUACUUGGUUCGAUUUUACAACCUCAUGUCUGAACUGUACAGUCUGGAUAAAGUAAGAGAAGCUUAUCUAGCAGCUUAUCCCGUGCAAGAAGACUCAAAAAUGGAUGCUACUGAAGUUGAUCUCCCGGAUGCUGAAACGGGAAAACCGGGAUGAUGACAUGCUGAACACAGAUCCAAAGGAGACUGCGGGUCUUGGGAAGGCAGGUGCGAGAAAGUUGGAGUGUGAGGACGCACAGCAGUUGGAUACAAAUCCCCCAAAGCGGCUUUAGGAAGUGAUGAUGUUCCUUAUAUGAGAAAUUACAAGAUUUUGGGAUUAUCAUGAUUGUGAUUCUGUUUCAUUUGGUAUUGUUAGCCUUUUUAACAUUGAACCUACUUUUGAUAUGUUUGUUCUUAGCUUCUAUAGUUUUAUGCACCCAUUUGGCUUUGGCAUGUUCGGUUGGCAGAUUCUGUGGGAAUCCGAC